GAGAGAGAGGACGACGUCGGAUUGAGUUGGCCGCACCUGGCUUCCAAGCCCCAACUAGGGUUUUUGCAGGGUUCCAAGCCUACAAACCAGCUAGAGAGAGAGAGAGAGAGAGAGACUGGAGAGAGAGAGAGAGAGAGAGAGAGAGAUGUUGUACAUCGUAGGACUGGGAUUGGGGGACGAGAAAGACAUAACUGUGAGAGGAUUAGAGGCUGUGAAGAAAUGCGACAAGAUUUUCAUCGAAGCCUACACUUCCCUCCUCUCCUUGGGCCUCUCCUCCUCCGGCCUCUCCUCUCUCGAAAAACUGUACGGAAAACCAGUGGCACUUGCAGAUAGAGAAACUGUGGAGGAAACGGCCGAUCAAAUUCUAACUGCCGCCGCUGCUUCUGACGUCGCUUUCCUUGUCGUCGGCGAUCCUUUUGGAGCUACGACACACACUGAUCUUGUGGUUCGAGCCAAGAAGUUGGGGAUUGAUGUCAAGGUGGUGCACAAUGCGUCGGUGAUGAAUGCAGUUGGAGCCUGUGGAUUACAACUCUACCACUACGGUGAGACAGUUUCAAUACCAUUCUUCACCGAGACAUGGAGCCCGGAUAGCUUUUAUGAGAAGAUUCAGAAAAAUCGUGCGCUUGGGCUGCAUACGCUAUGCUUGUUAGAUAUACGCGUGAAGGAACCAACUCUGGAAUCUUUGUGCAGAGGAAAGAAGCAGUAUGAACCGCCUAGAUAUAUGUCGAUAAACACUGCAAUUGAGCAGCUUCUGGAGGUUGAGCACAAUCGAGGAGAAUCUGCAUAUAAUGAAGACACGACAUGUGUUGGGCUUGCUCGGCUGGGAAGUGAGGAUCAGAAGAUCGUUUCUGGUACGAUGAGGCAACUGCAGUCGGUUGAUUUUGGGGCACCUCUCCAUUGCCUUGUUAUAGUAGGCAAAACUCAUCCAGUGGAAGAAGAAAUGCUGGAUUUUUAGAGAGAAUAAUCAUGGCAGUGUUUGAUUAUAACGCUGUUAGGACGGACUUUGCCUGAUCCACUUUUCUACAGUGAACUGUUGCACUAUAUGCAGCAGAGACAGAAGAGGAACUUGGCUUUCAAGAGAGAUCGGAAGAUGGGUUACUGUGGACGCCAAAUUGCUGCCGGUUAGCAGAUACCAAGUCAUGCUGCACAAUCCGAUAAAUUUUGUGGGUCGAGUUUAGUCGAGUUGCUGUGAUACAUUACCUACUGUAUUAAUUUCACUUGUCUCCAAUUUUGAGCAAAAUAUAUUUAUUGUGAUCAUUCCUCAUUGUUUGGAUA